UUGCAUCAAAAAAAAACUGACUUAGGAACUGCGAUUAUACGUUAAUUAAAAAUUUUUAUUCUUAAAGAUAGAUUUUUUUAAUUAGUUUAGACGAAUUAAAGGAAAAACAAUAAAAAUGAAAUUCAAAAAAUCGAAAAAGAAAACUCUGUUCUGAGAGAACGGCAGACGACAAGUGAAGUGCGCAUAAGUGAAUUCAAUUCAAACUAAGUGCAAAUCCCCGAAACGAAAGUGAAUGUGAAUAAAAAAAAAUUCUUAAUAUAAGCGAAAAAUUAAAAUAAUAUCCAAGCGAAAUUCUGUGAAAUCGAAGAAAAAUAAGAAAAAUUAUUUAAUUGUGUGUGAGUGGUGUGUGCGGUUUUGAAAAGCACUUAAAAUGGAUUUAAAGGAUAUAAAAGGAGCGAAAGUUACUCAUGCUGGUUUGCUGAAACACAAUCCAGAUGGGACAACAGAUACGCAGAAGAUCACCCACGCAGGUCUGGUCGCUCGCAGUCCCGAGGGAACGGCAGCCAAGGGCAUGAAUAUACGCGGCAAUGAGGAUCUUUGGGUGGAGAUUCAAGCGAAUACAUUUAGGAAUUGGGUUAACGAGCAUUUGCGAGGAACUGGAAUGCAGGUACACGACUGGGCGACAGAUUUCUGCGAUGGCACCCACUUGUGUGCUCUCAUUGAAAAGCUGCAAACACGACCUUUGAAGCCCUCGUGGAAUCGCAGGCCGGCUAAUCAGCAUCAUUACCUCGAAAAUGCCUCGACCGCGCUGAAUGCCGUCGAAGCUGAUCAUAUCAAGCUGGUGAAUAUAGGAAAUGUGGAUAUCGUCAAUGGCAAUGUCAAACUUAUCCUGGGUCUUAUUUGGUCCCUGAUUGUGAGGUAUCAAAUUGGUCGCAGUAAGUUCCCUCCAAGGAAACUGAUGUUGGCAUGGCUGCAAGCCGCUCUGCCGGAAUGUAAGAUUUCAAAUCUGACCACGGACUGGAAUAGUGGUGUGAAUUUGUCAGCCUUGUUGGAUUAUUGUGAGCCUGGACUGUUUCCGCAUUGGCGUGGUAUUGAUGCUAGUCAAAGUGUUCGUAAUUGUACGACCGCCAUGAAUAUUGCCCAAAGGGAGUUUGGAAUCCCGAAAGUUCUUGAGCCGGAAUAUCUGGCCUCACCUUGGUUGGAUGAGUUGUCGGGAAUGACUUAUCUGUCAUACUUCAUGAAGCCUGGGGCACCGGGCUAUAAUGCAACUCUUCGAUGGGUGAACACGCAAACCAAGGAAAAAGUCAACAAUUUUACGACCGAUUGGAAUGAUGGUCGAGUUUUUUGCCAAAUCAUCAAGAAUCUUGGUGGUCCAGCCCCAGCACCGGAAAAACUCAGUACAGAUCCGUUUCAUUACGAGAAUAAUAUCCGUAAGGCUGUCGAAGCUGGAAGUAAGCUGGGUGUGAAGCCUUUCCUUUCGCCCAAGGAUAUGGCAAGUCCCGAUGUUGAACAUUUAGGAAUAAUGGCCUAUGCUGCAAACUUGCAGUGGGUUACUCCCAGAGCUCCUCUUUCAGAUAUGAUAAACGUCUAUUUGGAAAGCACUUCUGGAAGGGUUGGAGAACAGACUCAUUUCCGUGUGGAUGUUAUGUCCCGUGAAAUUGAUAUCAGUUCUGUUCGAGCUGUCAUCGUUCCACCAACUGGUAGCGCUUAUGUUGUCCGUCUGAACAAUCAUGGAGAGGGUGUCUUCAUUCCCGAAAAGUACGGAAUGCAUGAGAUCGUAGUUGAAGUUGGUGAUGAUAGCAUUGGGGGGCAUUUCUUUCGAGUUCUACCGCGUUUCAUACAAGUAGCUCCUCCUGGCAUGGCACCUUGUGCUCUUGGAAGCCUGGUUGAAGUCUUGGUCAAUGCAACUGGAGCUCCAAAGACCGAAGAUAUUCUAGUAACAGCUGUCAGUCCGUCAGGUAUUUCUCACAAGUGUCCCCUGAAAAAGGUCGAAGAAGGACACAGUGCCAUAUUUAAGCCUGACGAAGCUGGAAUCUGGGAAAUCGCUAUCACCUAUCAGGGAAGACAUAUUCAAGGUGGACCGUUUACAUGCGCUGUCUUUGAUCCAACUGGUGUGUCCGUCCAUGGUCUGGAUGGCGCCAUGCCACUACGAGCUCACUCAUUUGAAGUUGAUGCCCGUGGGGUUGGUGUUUCGGGAGAACUCCAUGUAGAUAUUGUCCAUGAUAAGCGCUCGUUGGUGUGCUCCGUGGAAAAAAUUGUCGACAAUAAAUACAGAGUAACCUUUAUGCCACGUCAAAAUGGCAAAUACAGAGUUUAUGUAUACUUCAAUGGCUACGAUGUGAAAGGAUCACCGUUUAUUAUGAGAGUUGGAACUAAGGGUCGUUCGGGGAAGACUCGCAACAGCCCUCAACAUGAGAGUAAACACCGCUCGGAGAGUCCUUCAUUACAUUACACCACAACCACAGCCACUAGACAUAAGGACUACCGAAGCGCCAAGAACGAACUUUUAAAUCAGGAACGUCAGCGAUCUUAUUCACCGCAGUACUCACCAAAGAACGAACCUGACUAUCGAUCUAGCAGCUAUUACAAGCGUGAGAGUGAGGGUUCCUCACCACAAUUGGCCUCACCAUCUCGUGACACUGUCGAUGCCUCUCUAGUCCAUGGUAAAUACAGCGUGAGCACAGCAAACGAUGACAAUUCGUAUUCGACAAGUCGCAAGGACUCGAAAUUCAUGAAUUCUUCAUCCUCGAAGACAGAUUAUUACUACGAUAAAGAGAAUGAGCUUUAUGCGCGAAAGAGAGAACGAGAUCAAAAUUUAACACUUAGUCCACCACGAGAAGAUCGCUAUGUGUCGAAAUCGAGAAUUUCCGACAGCCCGGUCGCGAGUCCCUUACACAUACGAUCCAGUGAAGUUACCAGGAACAGCCCCCUUACGAUCAAAACUUCAAAUCAUUUCGAGCAGACUACGAGAAAUUCAUCGUCGAGUCCCAGAACUCUGUCGGCUUCACCAAUACCCCAGAGGCAGUUCAGUAACUCUCCAAGUCACUAUGUUACAACAGCUUCUCACAGGAUUGGUAGUCCAGUCACCGUUAGUAAGGGUCCUGGGUAUGAAAGUGUUCGCCAUGUAGAAAAAUCUUCAACAUACAAGUCAAGUUCAAAUUACGUCACAGACUCAAAUGUCCGAGCAAGUCCACUUUUUACAGCCGGUCUAACACGCCGCACGAUAACUCCCGAACCAGCGAUCGAUCAUUCAUCCAACGUAAGGGUAUCAUCCAUCAAGCCAGCUGCAGCCCGUCGUGAUAGCUGGGACGUUAUCAACAAAACGAAGCAUAUGCUUUCGCAUAAUUCCCUAGAGUCCUUGGCAAACAUGACCGAAAAGCAAUUGAAUACGGAUUUGUCCUACCAUCGACCCGAUAUUGACCAUGAGACCCAUCGAAACACCCAGUACAACAAAUUCGCCCUGGCCGAGCAGAAGCAUCACUCAGAUCGCCAAGGAUCCGAUGAAUCUGAUUUAUACAGACCAAGUUCAAUCACUGUCAAACAAAAUGACAGCUCUUACAACACCAAGUCUUCUGGCUAUACAACGACCAUCAAAGAGACUUCAGAACGUCACGUUACAGAGAGAUCAAGUGAUUCAGGAAACUAUGGAUAUUCUUCUUUGUCGAGAUUUCGACCAAUCGAUAGCAAUGCUACAGGCUCACAAGCAAUAAGAGUUCAGGACAUACCCAAUGGAGCUAUUGGUAGACCGGUUGAAUUUGAAAUCGAUGGAUCAAAAGCAGGAUCGGGAAAUUUAGAAAUACUUGUCAAUGGAGGCAGAGUGACUUCCUCGGUGAGAUCUUUGGGUGGUCAGAGGUUUAUUGCUUCCUUCACACCACACGAGCCAGGAACACAUACUGUACAGAUAACGUUCAAUGGAGAAACAGUGCCAGGAUCACCGUGGCACGUUGAAAUAAUGUCUUCACCGGGAUUAACAGCAUUAGGCGAGUCGACACGCCUCGUACCAGCAAAUACACCGGCGGUUUUUGAGAUACUGCCGCCUCCUGGAGCAAGCCUUACCAAAGGCGAAUGCGUGGCCACAGUUUUAACGCCUAACAAAUCUAAACUAAAUGCCCGCGUUACCCAUGAGGCGGCUAACGGUGCAGUGCGCAUCGAAUUUGUCCCCACCGAAGUCGGAACGCACAUCAUCGAAGCUGCAAUUAGCGGAACAAAAAUAUCUGGUGGCCCUUUGGUAGCAAAGGUCUAUGAUGCCAGUUUAAUACAAGUAACCGACGUCAAUGGAGGAGUUGUCGGACAGCCAUGUCAGUUCCGUGUAGACGCCAGCGCUGCUGGGGAAGGUCAAUUAGAAAUAUCGAUUAACGAAGGGGAAGUCCCCAAUCAUGUGCAAGUUGUAGGUGGUGGACGCUGUUUGGUCUCUUUCACGCCCGAACAAGCCAAACCGCAUCUCAUUGAUAUUAAAUUUAACGGAGAAACCGUCCGAGGGUGUCCGUUUGUAUGCUCUGUGGCGGACACAAGUCGUGUCAUGCUGAAUCUCACAAAUCUCGAACUUAUCCCGGUGAAUAGACCGGCCUCGUUUCACAUCACAGUUAGCGGUGGUGGGGCAGCUGAAUUGGCAGUCAGUGUUCGAGGACCACAUGGUGAACUACCAGUCCGCGUGACUGGAGACAUUCAUGCUGGUUUCACUGCGGAAUUCACUCCGAACACUGUUGGUGGACACUCGAUAAAUGUGGAGUAUAAUGGCUUCCCAGUGCAGGGAACACCGUUCCUGGCCAAGGCUUACGACGCAACCAAAGUCGUGGUGGGAAGCGUGUCCAGAGGAACGGUGGGUCGCUCCGUCCAGUUCACAGUUGAUGCUGGAGAUGCGGGCGAAGGAAAUCUAGAGAUAACAAUUUCCGCUAAAGGCCUUAACAUACCCACACAAGUCCAUCCACAGGGUAAUGCAAGAUUCUCCGUAUCAUUUGUCCCGGCUGAGGCAUGCGAGCACACAAUCAACGUUUCAUUUAAUAAAAUGCCCGUUCCCGGGUGUCCCAUUACCGUUAAUAUAAGCGGUGGAAUGUCAGGACCGCAAGUUUCAUUAGGUGGGCCAGGCCCAGUACAUCAGCCAAAUUCUUUUGUAAUCAAUCAUACCGGCGGUCGCUUAGAAGAUAUCGAAGUAAAUGUCGAAGGACCUGCUGGGCAAUCUGUGCCAGCGCAAGUUCACCAGACCGCUGAGGGAGUUUUCAAGGCUGAUUUUGUUCCACGCUCCGUUGGGGAGCAUCGUGUGAAUGUUACGGUAAAUGGUUUACCAACUGCUGGAAGUCCAUAUGCCGCUAAGGUCUAUGAUGUCAAUGCGAUCAAAGUUAAAAAUGUCAGUGCUGGAACAGUUGGCAAGCCAGUCACAUUCCUCGUUGAGACUUCACAAGCUGGACCAGGAAACCUGGAAGUAACCGUUAAUGGUGGUCGAGUUCCAACCUCGGCUCAGGGUCAGGGCCAGCACACCUACGCAAUCAGUUUCACUCCUCGUGAUGCUCAGAAUCACACAGUCGAGCUCCGAUUCAACGGGCAGGAUGUUCCAGGAAGUCCAUUCACUUGCAGAGUAUCGGCAGCAGCCCGCAUAGUUUCCCCGGAAACUAUGGAUAAGGUUAGUGUUGGGCGAAUGUUUGACUUCGUGGUGGAAUCCGAUACCAUGCCUUUGGUUGAGGUCCUCGGUCCCGCCCGUCGUAGUGUUGCCACAAAAAUCGAACGUGCAGACGUUGGCUACAGCGUAAAGUUUGAACCUAUCGAUGUUGGGGAUCACUCAGUAGAAGUUCGUCUUCCGGGAGGAGGACAUGUCGAGGGAAGUCCGUUUUUAUUGAAGGCCUACUCUGCCGAGAAAGUAAUCGUAACUGAUAUUCGUCCAGGAGUUGUUGGAAAGAGUGUCAGUUUUGGCAUCAAUGCAAGUCAAGCUGGUGCUGGAAAUUUGGAAAUAAUUGUUGCAGUAAAUGGUAAAAAUGUUCCCAAUUUCGUUCAAUCCGAGGGAAAUGCUCGAUUCAAGGUAAACUUUAAGCCAACCGAAGCUGCAGCUCAUUCGUUAUCUGUGCGGUUCAAUGGACACCCAGUGCCUGGAUCGCCAUUCACGUGUCAUAUUGCUGCGGCUCCAGUUUCUCUUCCCAGAGCUAUGGCUUCCGGAGAAGGCCUCAAACAGGCAGCUGUGAAAAUGGAAAAUACAUUCGAGCUUGACGGAUUCGAUGGAGUGGAACCACAAAUAUUUGUCACAUCUCCGUCUGGAGACAAUGUGGCUUGUCAAAUCAACCAUAGAGGAGAUACCUAUAAGGCUUCAUUCCGUCCGGUUGCAGUUGGACGUCAUUUGAUCAGUGUUACGGCCAAUGACCAACACAUAAAUGGUUCCCCCUUCUCAUGCAAUGUUUUUGACGUAUCUCGUGUGACCAUCAGUGGACUGGAACAGCACGAGGGGCCGUCACCACUUGGAAUUCCGGUAACUUUCAGUGUUGAUGCUGCUGGGGCUGGAGAAGGUACUUUGGAACUUGUUGUUUCCACAGACACAAGCACUGUUAAAGCAGAGGUAGUUGCCUGUGCUCGGGGAUUGUAUGAUGUCACUUUCAUACCACAGAGUAGUGAACCCCACUACGUCAAUAUUACUUUCAAUGACGUUCCCGUAGAUGGUAGUCCCUUCCAUGUUGACAUUCAGCAGACAACGCAACAGAUUCAAGUUGGAAGUCUUGCCACCAUCGACUUUCCUACCGAUGACCAGAUUGCGGAAAUCUCGGGUCCUGAUCACAAACCUGUGGCUUACACAAUCACAAGACACAGCGCUGAGUUCCGGACCAACAUGAUCGGAAACUAUUUGAUCCGAUUUAUUGACCGGGAUACUAGGCAACACGUCGCAACACGGACUCUCACCGUUUUCGAUCCAUCGUUGGUGAAGAUAACUGAGGUAGGAGAAGCUCUCUGCCACCGACCCGCUAGCAUUUCAGUGUCAUUGAAUGAAGCUGGACAGGGAACACUUACGGCUUUGGUUCGUUGUGGUGCUGAAGAAGUGCCCCACUCCAUUCGGGGACCUUCGAAGAGUGGUAUCUGGGAAGUUGUCUACCAUCCCACAAGAGUCGCACCACAUAAGAUAACUAUUUUAUACAACGGAGUCCCAGUAUCACUGAAGCCUCUCGAGAUCAGUGUGCUGCCACCUGGAGCUGGUAAGGAAAUCAGUGUCAGUGGCUUGGGUCUCUAUCAGGCUCGAGUGGGAAAGACGACUUCGUUUGCUAUCGACACAGUUGGGAGACCGGCAAGAGAGUUUGAUGUUGUGGUUUCGGGACCAGGAGGGCAGGCUUUGCCUGUUCGUUGCUAUCAGACAAAAGGGGGACAGUUGCAGGCUGAGUUUACAAUCAACAAAGUUGGACAAUGUGUGCUUGAGGUGCUUCAUCAAUCUAAACCACUGCCGGGAAGUCCGUUCACAUGCGAAGCAUUCGAUUCAUCUAAAGUGGCCAUUCAAGGUGUUCCAAAGGGACAGAUGGCUCUUCAUAGCCCGAUUUGUUUUACAUUGAGAACUGAUCAAGCUGGAGUUGCAGAAGUCGAAGCAUAUGCAGUUUCUCCAAGCAAUCAAAAUCUUCCAGUUCGGAUAACAGAGCAGAGUGAUGGUGUCUAUUCCGUCGAUUUUCUUCCGUCGGUUCCAGGAAAUCACAGACUUACAGUACUCUAUGGUGGAGAAACUGUGCAAGGAUCGCCUUUUAACUUCACGGUUUCCGCAACUGGAAACAAAGGUGACACUCGGGCAGCUGGAACUGGUCUUGAAGUAUGCCACAGAAAUAAAGAAGCUUCAUUUGUUGUUUAUUGCCCUAUUGCCCCAAAUGUUCAGAUCGAACGAAUUGAUGAAUUUGGAGAAAGAAUUGAACCCAAAAUUAAGGCCCUUGGAAACAAUGAAUGGCGAAUUUCUUACACAAUAUUGUCUGUGGGCAGGUAUGAAAUUCGAGCAAGCUGUCCCAACAGAGGCUCAUUGCCCGGAUCUCCAUGGAAUGUGUCAUGUGUCGAAGCCUCGAAGGUCACCCCAGUUGGAGGUUGGGGAACUCUUCUUGAUCAUGAGGGCCGUCUAAUUUUGCCAGCUCGGAUUGUUUUCGAUGUUGAUCAGGCAGGUCCAGGCGAGCUCGUUUGCACAAUCGAUGAAAUUGAGAUUCCAGUUGACAAAUUGAGUGAUGGCAAGACAAGACUCUUCGUUUCCGCCGAUAAUCUUGCUCCUGGGGAGCAUGAUCUCGAUUUAACAUGGAGCGGUAUGUCAAUUGUGCAAUGCCCUAGGAGUGCCUACGUCACAGCUCAACAAGCAGCCGAUAAGGUUGUCCUUACUGGACGGGGUCUUGCAGCUUCUCAGGCUGGAGAGGCUGCCCACUUUACCAUCGACGCAACAAAUGCUCCAGCUGGAAGACCAGAGGUGAUCCUCGUCCACCAAGACAACACCUCUGUUCCGGUGAGCUUGGCUCAACCACGACCUAAUGAAAACAUCUGGUUGGCUUCGUAUACUCCGCAAAAGUCGUCCUCUGGUUCAUUGACUCUUUCGGUCAAGUGGAACGGAAGACUUGUUAAGGGAUGCCCACUUACCGUAGCAGUUGGUUCUUCCAUGGAUGCUUCAAAGGUCAUAGCCUCUGGUGAAGGUCUUCGCCAUGGAGUUGUAGGAAAGGAAAUUAAGUCGUGGAUAGAUACUAGACGAGCUGGUCCCGGAGAACUAACAGCUCAUUGUGCUGGUCCACGGAAAGUUGCCUAUUGUGAGUUAUACGAUCACGGAGAUGCCACAUUUACACUGAACAUCAAGCCCCAGGAACCUGGAAGGCAUUUACUAACUAUCAAGUAUGGUGGACAGCAUGUGCCUGGUUCACCAUUUGGCUUGAAGGUUGCUGGAGCUCCUGAUGCUAGCAAGGUUCGUGUAUAUGGUCCUGGUAUUGAACAUGGAGUGCUGGCUACGUUCCAGUCGCGUUUUAUUUGUGACACAAGAGGAGCUGGAGCUGGUCAACUAACUGUGAGGGUGCGAGGUCCAAAAGGUGCCUUCCGUGUUGAAAUGCAACGGGAAAGUCAAAAGGACAGAACGAUACUUUGCAAGUAUGAUCCAACGGAACCUGGUGACUAUCGAGUAGAAGUUAAAUGGGCUGGCGAAUUUGUUCCGGGUUCACCAUUCCCGGUUAUGAUUUACGACACAGAAGAAGAACUGCGACGCUAUAUACAAGGAUUAUAGAGAAAUCUUAUCAAGAAUUCUGCUACUCACACACUGAACAAAAAAUUUUGUUGAACUUUAAAAGGAUCAACAAAAAGCAACAAAGCUGUUUUCUUUUAAUUUAUUGUUUUACUCUGCGAAAUUGUUUUUAUUAUUUUAUUUCUAUAAAUUAUAUACACAAAAUAUUAAUUUAUAAGGCUUUUAAAUGUAUACAAGUAAAUAAAAUAAAUUAUAAUUUAAAAAUUUCUUUUUAAAAAGCAACGAAUAAUGUUAGUUGGAUAAUCCAUUAUUUGCAGACAUAAUAAUGUAAAAUUAAUGUUUUGUAUAAAUAAAAAUGUCACUAACAAAUAAAAGAAUGAAAAAAAAUAACACUGGAAACAUUUUGGUCUGAAAACAUUCUUAGUGUAAAAUUUCAGUUUGAAAAUAAUAUAAUUUCUGAUGUUAUAAAACUUAUAAAAUGAAUCUCCAUUUUAUUUACCUAACGUUAAAUAAAUCUACACAAUAAUA